AUGCAGGCUCUCUCUACAGACUUCCCGCCCGAGCCGCCGGACGCGGGUGCACCGUGGUGUUCGGUCUUGGGUGUAGGCGGUGCGCUCGUCACCACCUUUGCUUUGGGUUUCACCGAAGGCUGUCUGGAAAUCGAGCGACGCCCCAUCCCGCUGCGCUUCGCACUUCGAUUCGCCGCUGCCAACGUGCUGCCCAGUGUCGUGUUUAGAUCCGUCCCCGCCCGUCACGCCGCUGCAGCAUCGGGUAUCCCGUUAUCCUCUCUUAUAAACGAUGCUAAUCUCGCCAGCACGCGCUCUGUAGCUGUGGGGAAGCGGCUGGUACUCAUCAAGUCGGUACGGGCGUUGCGUCUAGCGGCCGGAAGCUACGGACUUGCGUGGAGUCUGUGGCACUGGCAUAAAUCUGAUGUGGGCAAUAGUGAUAAUAAUGCCAAUCAGGGAGGAAUUAAGUAUGGAGAGAGCGUGGUGCGUCUUGCACCUGUGGACUCGCCGCUGUCUCGAGCUUCGAAACGCAAACACGGGGACCAUAUCUUGACUGUGAAGAGAGUGAAGGUGAUCGAAGUGGAGAUCGGCGAUGCAGAGACGACAGCAGACUAUGCCAGGGGGUUGAAGGCCAAGGCGUCCACCGAUGACAGCACUUCGGUGUGUUCAGUAGCAUGGAGUCGUACGAUGUGUGCUUUAAUCCGUUGUCGGCGGUGCUGA